AUGAGCAACGACUUUCACCUCGUAGACGUGGCUGGCUGGGAAUAUGAUCUGCAAUCGGUGUAUACGGCCUACAUGGGCUAUUUCCAGCUGCAUGGGAUUCCUUGGUAUGAGCGCUCAUGGGGCCACCUCUUCUCGACACUCGACGAAUUCCUGUCCUUCUCAUGGCCAAUCAUCACUGUAACGGACGUCAAGACUGGUCGCGCGCAUAUUGUGACGCGCAUGUCGUCUAUCAGCGCAUUUGUGAAGAUGAUUAAAACACGGUUCGGCGACACACUCCCCAUGGCGGAGCACGUACUCAGAGUCACGCCUUUCGAGACACAGCAGCGUCACCUGCGCACAAUUUCGGACUAUGCGACGUACCAGAAGCUAUAUCAGACACUGCCCGCGGUAGCGCUUGGCGCUCUGAAAGCUCGGAUCCGCAGCGGCGAUCCCACUUCGGUUUUUGAUCUGUGGCACCAAAGGUCGAAGACGUUUAUUGCCAUCGACUUCGAGUGCCACGAACGGAAUCCUGCAACCAUCCUGGAGUGGGGCUAUGCGGCCGUGCGAUGUAGUCACCUGGAUGCCAUAGGCUCGUGGCCUCCCAACCCCGAGGAUAACUAUCGCAAGGGACACUAUAUAGUCAGCGAGUUCAUCGACAAGGUACAAAAUCGCCAUACACCGACCUACCCAUGGCAGUACGCGUUCGGCGAGAGUGCCGUUGUUAACCGCAACAAGCAGCUCCCGCAGAUCGUGCAGGCAACCAUAGCGAGCCUUGCGAGCCCAGAUGCCGAGACAUCCAACGAACUGGUGCUGAUCACUCACAAUAUGGCCGAGGAUCUUAAGCGCAUGGACGAGCUCAAGAUUAAGGUGCCACAUAAUGUGCUCAUCGUCGACCUUAUCUCCCUGGAGAACUCUAUGUUUCGCGCGGGUCUUCGUGGUGCCCAGGUUGAUGCCCGGAACGGCCAGCCACGACAGCCUGGAUCCACACUCUCGCUACGCAGCAUACUGCACUCAUUAUCUGUCAAUCUCGACUACCCGUUGCACAACUCUGGCAACGACGCGUUUGCCUGCCUACUUGCCUUCCAAUUGCUUAUCGACCCAAAGAAUACGCGCAUACCUAUGACCCCGAAACCAGCGCGCCCAGCAAUGAAUCGCUCUUCGAGCUACAACAUGUUCGGCCCUAUGCCUGUUUCGCCCCUGCUCAUGCCAUCUAUGAGCGGGCCUCUCAUGCCUCCAGUUAUGCCCGCAGCCGUAUCCAUGCGCUCACAUUCCACCUCCCCGCACCACCUGGGUCCUACAACAUCCAAUGGACGUCCGGUCUCGAUGGGCCCGGGCGCCUUUCCGUUCCCUUCGAACACAACACACGGUCGCCAUCGGACAUCCAGCAACACCAAUGGAAAUCUUGGAGUUGCCACGGAUGAGUUCGGGCAACGCAUCCGUACCACUUCUCUACUCUCACCGGACGACCUCGCUAAAGAGGUCGACAAGCGCGUCAAUCUCAAGUAG